GGGAAAGGAAGGGAAGGAGCCGCAGCCCGGCGGGCGCCGCAGCGCAGCGCAUCCCGGUGCAGCGCAGCGCAUCCCGGUGCAGCGCAUCCCGUGCGUCGCCGCGCAGCGCCGGAAGGGCUGACCACCAGGAAUAAGGAGGCAGCAACAGCAGCGUGGAACCCCACAAACUCCCUCUGUGGUCCCCACAACCCAAUGCCUGCUGUGCUGCCUCUUGCUGAGCCCCCCCUGCCCCCCACCCUCACCUGAGCCCUGGCACUGUGCUGCAGCCCUGCCCAGCCUGCAUCACCUCGCCCCGCUCACGGGGCCCACUGCAAGGCAGAAUUCACACUGUGCCAUGGACUCCAUGUUCGAGGACGACAUCAGCAUCCUGACACCAGAGGCUUUGGGGCCGGAUGAAGACUGGCUGGACAGCCCCAACACCGACCUCUCGGGGGAGAUGUGCUCCGCGUCCCAUUUCGCCCUCAUCACUGCAUACGAUGACAUCAAGAACCGCCUGAGUGGGCUGGAGAGGGAGAACUCCACGCUCAAACGGCGCCUGAAGAUGUAUGAGGUCAAGUGCCCGCUGCUCGGUGAGUUUGGUGAGGAGCACAUCUUCUCCAUCUAUGAGGCCAAGGAGACGUCGCUGCUCAAGAGUGAGAAGGCAUCGCUGCAGCAGCAGCUCAACCAGUUCCAGCACGAGCUGGAGAAGAGCAAGGAGCGCGAGGAGCAGCUGGAUGAGAUGAUCCAGGCCUAUGAGAAGCUGUGUGUGGAGAAGGCAGACCUGGAGUCAGAGCUGGGCGAGAUGCGGGCGCUGGUGGAGACGCACCUGAGCCGCAUCCGGAGCCUGGAGCAGCAGCUGCGGCAGCGUGAGACCAACCCUUUCCCUGGGGUCGGUCCACUGCCUGGCCAGGAGGUGCCUUUUCUCUCCCUGCACCCCAACCCCGGCCUCAGCCACGGUGAGCUGCCCCCCCCAUCCUCUCCUUCAGCAUCAUUCCGUGCCCUUGGGGCUGAGAAAUGCUCCGUGCCCGCAGUGCUGGAGCGCCCCGGGGGGUGGCCGAGCCGUGGGCUGGAGGCUGAGCUGGAGGCAGCACGGCAGGAUGCCCAGCGUGCACAGCACCGUGAGGAGCACCUCAAGGCUGAGUGUGAGCGGCUGCAGCUGGAGCUGAAGCACCUGCAGGACAGCCGCCAGCAGGAGCAGUCAGAGCGGGACAUGGCCUGGGUGAAGAAAAUGGGCGAUGACCAGGUGAACCUGGCACUGGCCUACACGGAGCUGACAGAGGAGCUGUGCCGCCUGCGGAACCUCAGCUCCCUGCAGAGCCAGAUCCUCCGUGCACUGCUGCAGGAGAAGAGCCUCAACGGUGGUCAGCGCCAUUCUCCUCUGUCUCAGUGCCAUUCCCCAGCCCAGCAGCGCCGCUCGCCCGCCCCGCAGUGCCCCUCGCCCGCUCCCGGCCGCCCUCCAGCCCCUCAAUGCCAAUCCCCAGCGCUGCAGCGGCGCUCACCGGCCCCUCAGUGCCAAUCUCCAGCCCAGCAGCGCCGUUCACCCGCCCCAGGACCCUGCCAGUCUCCGGCCCAGCAGCGCCGUUCGCCCGUGCCCCCCUCCAGCCCCUCGCCCGCCCCGCAGCGCCGUUCCCCGGCCCCACCUCCGUGCCCAUCCCCGGCGUCGGCGUCGCCGCACCGCCUGCCCGGCGAGAGAAUGGAGCUGGGCUACGCCAAACCUUCCAGCCGCCACAUCAAGGCCGGUUUCCAGGGCCGUCGCAGCUACUCGGAGGUGACCAACGUGGCCCCGUACCAGCAGAGCCGCGCGCUCUGGCUGCAGCCCGAAGCCUCCACGCUUCCCAAGCACCGGCCCUAUGGUGAGGUGUACCUGGGGGGGGCGGGGGCACCGCUGAGCGCCCGGGAGCCCUUCGAGGAGCACCUGCGCUUUGAAAAGCAGUCAUCAGAUGAAGAGGACUGGGCGGACCCCGGACCUCCCAGCCCCGAGGCCGGGGCCGUGCGCUGUGCGUCCUUCUGUGCCGGAUUCCCCAUCCCUGACCGGACGGCUGCUGCCUAUGCCAGGGCUGAGCACGCCCAGUCCUGGCCCUCUAUCAAUCUGCUGCUGGAGACGGUGGACUCGGAGAUCCGGAGCUGCCCGCUGUGCCAGCUGGCUUUCCCCAUCGGUUACCCGGACGAUGCUUUGAUAAAGCACAUCGAUUCGCACCUGGAGAACAGCAAGAUCUGAGGCUGCCCCCCACCCACGGGCUGCCCCCUCCCCAGACUUUGGAUGCUGCAUGAGAACUGGCGGAGCAGCACGGCUCCGAAUUACCUCCAGGUGUGCAGCAGCUGUGGAAGGACCGAGCCCAGGGGAGCCACGUGCCCCCCUGUGUGUAGGUGGGUUUCCCCGCUCGCCCCCUCCCUGCAUCCCAGGCACAUUUGGAUGCUUCACCUGGGAUGCUCAGGGCUGGGGCCGGGGACCCCCCCCUCCCCGCACUGUCGGGUUUCUCUGCUUGAUCUCAGGGAGGAUUUGAGGGACCGGGUCCUGGAUCCGGCCCCCAGACAGCAGUGAGGAGAGGGCUGCCCUCCCUGGGCUCCUGGGGUCACAGUUGGUUCGGGGUGCGGGGGGGGUGGGGGGCAGCUGCUUAUUCUCGCUCCCCCACCUCUUCCAACCAGUUCAAGCACCUUUCUGAUCUUUUACAAUGAAAAGCAUCCCCCCACCACCACCACCCCCCACUUCUCCCUUCUCCCCACAACGAUGCUGCUGAGAAACAAAACCCGUAUGGCCGCGGCGCAGCAUGGCCGUCCCGCAGCGCUGCACCGAGCCCC